AUGCCAAGGCGAGGCAAGCGAGCUGCAAAGAGCAGCCGACGCUCACAGUCGAGUCUAUUGUCGCGAGUUCCGGAAUGUGACGCCGAUCCGGGCGUUCGGCUUGCUCAUCACCGAGAGAUUGUCGAAGGUUGCAGUGACUCUGAGGACAAGCUGCACCAACAUUUCGAGGGCAGUGACGCAGCGAAGGGAAAGUGUACACAUGAUGACAAGGUCACACGAGUAGCGAACAGGCGCUUGCCCUGUCUGACGUGCCAAGCUUUUUCAUUAUUUGCUUUUCAACAUAAUCGCAUCGGAACAAUUUUGCUUGGACGCGAUGCUCGCCUGCGCAUCGCUGUUUUCUGCAGCUUGCCCUUGUUGGUCUCGCUCAGCAAGCAUUUUCGUUCCUUGGUACAACUGUACCGACCAUCACACGAACAUUCUCAUCUGCUGCCAGCCAUUCUACCUGACUCCUCAGAAAGGCGGACCGAGCAAAGAAGGAAGACAAGAUGCGUGCGGAACGUCGCCAAGAUCCGCGUGGAUGCGUGA